CAAUCCGCUACCGCACAUGGAAAACAAUUACAUAACAAAAUAUAAGACGGGAAGAAAGAGAGCCCGGUUCUCGCCCUCUAGCUCGGUUCCAUCGAUCGAGAUGGAGGAAGAGUCGCCGUCGCCGCCGCCGCCAACGGCGGCGAGGAAGGAGGGCAAGGAGCGGCUCUACCGCGGGGUCCGGAUGCGAAAGUGGGGCAAGUGGGUCGCCGAGAUCCGCGAGCCCAACAAGCGCUCCCGGAUUUGGCUUGGCUCCUACUCCUCCCCGGUCGCCGCCGCCAAGGCCUACGACACCGCCGUCUUCUACCUCCGCGGCCGCUCCGCCCGCCUCAACUUCCCCGACGACCUCGCCGUCGACGUCGACGCCGACGCCGCCAUGUCUGCCGCCCUCAUCCGGAAGAAGGCCACCGAGGUCGGUGCCCGGGUCGACGCCCUCCACGCCACCGCCCCCGCCUCCCUGGCCGCCGGAGCCCGCUCUCCCGCCGCCGACCAUCGCCGCCGUCUGGCUUAUAAGAGGCCGGACCUCAAUCAGAAGCCCAGCCCCGAGAGCUCCGACGAGGACUGCGAACUCUCUGGCUAGUCGGAUUCGGAUUCCGAUCCUCCUCCAAGGCUCAUGAUGAUGAGUUUAUAUAAAUACAGAGUUUUGUUUAUAUAUAUAUUUUUUUGUCCAAAUCUUUAUAUAAGAGUUUCGUUUAUCUUUAGGUUUUUAGAUGGGGGUUGAAGACUAGAGGUUGGAUGGAGAAGGGAAGUAGUAUGGAUUGGGAAUCAGUUGGGGGUGUUGAUGAUGGGAUGGGGAGGUGAGGGGAAUUCUAUGGGUAUAUGUAAAUUAAAUAGGAUGUUAACAAGAACAAAUCAAAGAAGGUUAUGAUGUUCUUCUUGCUAUCUGGUACCUUUAGGAUGAAGGGAUGAUGAUAAAAUACUCUCUUUUGAUCA